GGUCGGACAGACAGCGCUGAACACGAUGCGCGGCCUGCUCCUGUUGACCACCGCCUCGCUGGCGCUCUCGCUGCCCGUGGGAGAUAUCGAGACCAUCUUCAAGGCCAAGCUUGAUACGAAAGAUAUCUGCUUCGAAACGGGACCGGUGAAGGGUGAUCCCUGCCACUUCUGCAAGUGCUUCACGCCAGACGAGUGCAUUCCGGUGUCUGCCGAAUGCGACUGGGACCGGCGCGAGAGUGAGCACCGCGCCCGGGGCUGCAAACCCGUCUACACUGAUGGCGUGUGCUGCCCCAGCGUCGUGUGUCCGCUGAAUAGCGUCGAUCCAGCGGCAGUGCAGACCCCGGCAGUCGAGUCACAGCCGGCGGAGCAGGCCCCGGCUGCCGAGUCACAGCCGGUGGAGCAGGUCCCGGCAGUCGAGUCACAGCCGGCGGAGCAGGCCCCAGCAGUUGAGUCACAGCUGGUGGAGCAGGCCCCAGCAGCCGGGUCACAGUCAACGGAGCAGGCCCCGGAAGCCGAGUCGCAGCCGCCGGCGGAGAAGGCCCCAGAAGUCGAGUCACAGCCGGCUGAGCAGCCCCCGGCAGCCGAGUCACAGCCGUUGGAGCAGGCCCCGGCAGCCGAGUCACAGCCGGCUGAGCAGCCCCCGGCAGUCGAGUCACAGGCGGCAGAGCAGGCCCCAGCAGCCGAAUCACAGCCGGAGGAGCAGGACCUGGUAGCCGAGCUACAGUCGCCGGCAGAGCAGGCCCAGGCAGCCGAGGAGUCACAGCUGGCGGAGCAGGCCCCGGCAGUCGAGCCACAGCAGGCGGAGCAGUCCCGGGUGGUCGAGCUCCAGCCGGUGGAGGAGGCCCCGGCAGUCGAGUCACAGCCGGCGGCGGAGCAAGCCCUGGUAGUCGAGCUGCAGCCAGUGGAGCGGGCUCCAGCAGCCGAGUCACAGCCGGUGGAGCAGACCACGGCAGCCGAGCCACAGCCGACGACUACCGGUAUCGACACCCUGGAGCCCACCGACUCGGUUAUCCCGGUGGCGGAGGAGCUCGAGGAAGUGAUCACAGAGCCCAGCCUGGUCCAGAAGGUCAUCUCGGACCCCACGAUCUCAGCCGAGAAGAAGGCUCAGAAGCUCACCGCUUCAGCAGAUGAGACCACCCGGGAGGUCACCAGCUCACCCGAGGAAGCAGCCCAGACUGCCGGCAGCCCAGUCCAGGGGACAGUUCAGGAUGUCAUUGCAGAUAUUCCCGGUCCAGUCCGGAGGGAGAUUUCGGAAAUUGCUGCUUCAGCUCAGGAGGUGAUCCAAGAGGUACUAUCUGAGCUCAAAUCGACCCAAAACACCGAGGACACACCGGCCACGAAAAUUCUCUCGAACAACGACGUGCAAACUCCGCAUAUGACCCCAGAAGUGAUCUCGGAAAUAAGCCAAGCUGAAGAGGAUGCAGCGGAUGCUGCAGUGGUCCAAGAGGUGGCGGCUGAGAUUGAAGCAUCAGCUCAAGACGUGAUUCAGGAGGUUAUUAUGGAGAUGGCUACUGCCCAAGAGCAGAUUCCGAACGGUAUCCCUUCUAAGGCGGCGUCGAAUGGCAUUUCAGUUCAGGAGAUGAUUUCGGAGACCGUUCCAGUCCUGGAGAUGAUCUCAGCGAAUGCUCUUGCUCCGGAGGUAAUAUUAGAGACUGCUCCCACUCAGGAGUUGGGCCUGGAGAACUCUUCUCUUAAGGAAUUGACACCAGAGAAUGCCCCUGCUCUGGAAUUGACUCCAGAGAGCGCUUCCAUUCCGAAAUUGACCCCUAAGGACACUUCUGAUCAGGAAGUAGCCUCAGAAAGCGCUCCGGCGCAUGAAGCAAUCUCUGAGACCAGCCCUGAAGAGGAAGAAAUCUCAGAAACCAUUCCUGCCCAGAAAGCGAUCUCAGAGACCACUUCUGAUCAAGAAGUAAUUUCAGAUGCUCGGGAAGAUAUCCCAGAUACCACCUCUAAUCAGGAUCUGAUCUCUGAGGUCGGCCAAAUGCUAGAUGCGAUCCUAGGAAAUGAGGUGUUGCCAUCCUCUGGCACGGUUCUACUGAACGAGGAGAUCAAGGCUGCCCCGGCGCCGGAGGCAGCCGGUGACGAGCUCCUGCUCACCACGCAGGAGGCCGAGAGCCCCGCCUUCGAGCCGGAGGCGCCCGACUUUGACCUGCUGCCGGAGGAAGGAUCCGGCCUGUCGGAGGGCGCCGACCUGUUGGAGGGUUCCGGCCUGCUGGAGGCCGACAGUGAGCUCCCCUGAAGGGAGCGGCCAACCCCGCAGGGACUGCCCUAGCGGCCACAGAACACUGAAGGUCAUGCAGGUGUGCGAGGGUGUGGAUCUUUUGAUGCCUGCGAGUGUCAAGAACGAGCCCCACAUUAAACGCUGAGUAAGGCCUAUUCUACCGGGAGCAUGGGCCUUGUGAUAAUUGCGUCGGAUGCGUUUCAGUGAGCAUGCGCUGAUAAUGUCUUAUGUGUACGUCUUAUGCGUUUUGUCUAUGAUGCGUAUAUGUAUCACCAACACAAAAGUCUUCUCAGAUACGCGGUCUUCGAGCGAUGCGUCGUCACUUGAGUCUGGUUUGUUUGUUUUUGUUUUGGUUGGGUUUAGUCGAGUUUGACAGAAACAAUCUCAGAUGCAAAUACAACAAAAGGAUGA